UUCCUGCCACGGCCGAAAGUUUGUUGUAGAGAAGUUAGGGGUGCUGGAAGCAAGGGGGGGAGUUUUUGCAAGGCAGAUCCGACCCUAUCUCCUGCUUCCAAGGAGGAGCAGCUUCAGUUAAGGAAUCAGCCCAUCUUUGAAUGGGCUUUUGAUCUUCUAGUUACGUGUCCUGGACCUGAUAUCCAUACCGUAUUCGGCACUCUUUGCUUUAAGGCAUAAUACGAAGGAAGCACGAGGCAUUUCUUGACCACUCUCGGAGGCGGCCUCUGAACCCACAAGAAAGAUGGAGGAAGAAGGUGCUGGCGUCGAGCCCAGAACAAAGAUGGAGGAACAAGAGUCAUCUAGUCCUGAAUCAGGAAAUGACGAGGGGGAAAUUUGGACUGGAAGCAAUGGAAGAUUUGGGGGAUCAAAGGCUGUGGAGGCCAUGGGGGAAGAGAUGACUGGUUCGGAUGCAGAGUGCCAACGCUUCCGGAAGUUUUCCUACCAGGAGGCCAAAGGUCCUCGCGAGGUUUGCAGCCGCCUCUACGAUCUGUGCCGACAGUGGCUGAAGCCGGAGCAACACACGAAGCUUCAGAUCCUGGACCUGGUGAUCCUGGAGCAGUUCCUGGCCGUCCUCCCCCCGGAGAUGUCCAGUUGGGUGAGGGAAUGUGACCCAGAGACCAGUUCCCAGGCGGUGGCCCUGGCCGAAGGCUUCCUCCUGAGUCAAGCGGAGGAAAGGAAACAGAAAGAAUGGGAGGUCCUCUUAGCGGAAAGAGAUGCUGCUUUCCUUCAGGCACCAAAGGUGCCAUCGGAGGCCAGAGAGAGGCUGCAGUCAAAGAAGAUCAAGGAGGAUGACGAUGGAGGUGACCUGUUGCUUGGAGAUGGACCGAGGAUGUCGUCGACACACGAUUGUUCAUCUCUUUGUGGUGCAGAGGAAACCGCAGCUCCACAAGUGGAUUGGGCAGCCUUUGCUGAUCUGGCCGUCUACUUCACCGAGGAGGAGUGGGCCCUGCUGGAUCCAGGGCAAAGGACUUUGCACACCCAGGUCAUGGAGGAGAAUUACGAAUUGUUGACGUCCCUUCGUAAGGAUUCCUCCUCCACCAUCAAAUCAGGGGAGAACACAUCCGGAGGCCUAGAGAAUGCGGAGGUGGUAAAUGAGACUUCAGCUUUCAACGUGCAUGAAAUUAUUCCUGCACGAGAGAAAUUAUAUAAAUGCCAGGAGUGUGGAAAGAGCUUCAGUCAACGAUCACACCUUAACAGACACAAGCGGAUUCACACGGGGGAGAAACCAUAUAAAUGCCCGGACUGUGGAAAAAGCUUUGCUGAGAAAAGAAACUUCGUGGCCCACCAAACAAUUCACACGGGACAGAAACCAUAUAAAUGCCCAGAAUGUGGGAAGAGGUUCAAUCAGAGAUCACAUCUAUAUAGACACCAAAUGAUUCACACAGGGGAGAGACCAUAUAAAUGCCAAGAGUGUGGGAAAGGCUUUAUGGAGAAGAGGGACCUUAUUGAACAUCAUAUGCACCAAGCUCUAGACCGACCCUUUGAGUGCCACGAAUGUGGGAAGAGCUUCAGCCGGAAAUCGAGUUUUACGGCCCACAAACUGCUUCACACGGGCUUGAAACCUUACAAGUGCAAGGACUGUGGGAAAGAGUUUCGUUACAACUCGGUCCUUAUCGCUCACCGGAGGAGUCACACAGGAGAGAAACCGUACAAAUGUGUGGAAUGUGGGAAGACCUUCAGUCAGAGGUCGUACCUCAAGCGACACCACGUCAUGCAUGUCAUGGAGAAACCCCAUAAAUGCCCGCAGUGUGGGAAAAGCUUUCUUGAGGAGAAAAAUCUCAACACUCAUCUAACGAAUCACACCAAGGAGAAACGCUAUAAAUGCCUGGAAUGUGGGAAGGCCUUCGGUCAGAAAGGGACCCUCCGCUCCCACCUCUUGGUUCAUACCGGAGAGAAGCCGUUCAUAUGCCUGGAGUGCGGGAGGAGCUUCAACCAGAGGCAAAACCUCAACAGACACCAAAUUAUUCAUGGAGGGGUGAAACCAUAUAAAUGCCUAGAGUGUGGCAAGAGCUUUAAUCAGCGAUCGCACCUCAACAGACACAAGCGCAUUCACAUGGGGGAGAAACCAUAUAAAUGCCUGGAGUGUGGAAGAGCCUUUAUCGAGAAGCGAAACUUUGUGGCCCACCAAACCAUUCAUACGGGAAAGAAACCGUAUAAAUGCCUGGAGUGUGAAAAGACCUUUAAUCAGAGCUCGCACCUGAAGAGGCACCAAAUGAUUCACACAGGGGAGAGACCGUAUAAAUGCCAAGAGUGCGGGAAAGGCUUUAUGGAGAAGAGGGACCUUAUUGAACAUCAUAUGCACCAAGCUUUAGACCGACCCUUUGAGUGCCACGAAUGUGGGAAGAGCUUCAGCCGGAAAUCGAGCUUCACGGCCCACAAACUGCUUCACACGGGCUUGAAACCUUACAAAUGCAAGGACUGUGGGAAAGAGUUUCGCUACAACUCGGUCCUUAUCGCUCACCGGAGGAGUCACACAGGGGAGAAACCAUACAAAUGUGUGGAAUGUGGGAAGACCUUCAGUCAGAGGUCCUACCUCAAGCGGCACCACGUCAUGCACGUCGUGGAGAAGCCCCAUAAAUGCGCCGAGUGUGGGAAAAGCUUCCUCGAGGAGAAAAGCCUCACCACGCAUCUAACGAAUCACACCAAGGAGAAACGCUAUAAAUGCCUGGAAUGUGGGAAGGCCUUCGGUCAGAAAGGGACCCUCCGCUCCCACCUCUUGGUUCAUACCGGAGAGAAGCCGUUCAUAUGCCUGGAGUGCGGGAGGAGCUUCAACCAGAGGCAAAACCUCAACAGACACCAAAUUGUUCACGGAGGGAUGAAACCGUACAGGUGCCCAGAGUGCGGGCAGUGUUUUACUGAGAAGAGAAUCCUCACCUUGCAUCGAAUGAACCACCAUAUAACCAUAUCCGUGAUAUAAUGUCUGUAUCAUGAGAGGAUGUUUCUUUCAUGAGGGCAUCUCAAGAGACAUCAGGUUCAUGCCGGGGCAGAGCCAGACACGCACAAGGAGAUCUACUCUGUCUUCUCCAUGGAUUGCCUCUAGUGUAAAAUUACAGUUGGUUUUUUAAAAAUAGAUUUUUUUUGUCUCUCUCUUGGACUCCUUAGAGUAUUUUUAGGAAGAACCGAGUGGCUUCAGCUUGGUGCUGUUCCAGGCGUGCUGCUGAUCCUUUCCCCGAUUCUUAAGGCACAGCUGUGCCUCAAGAACCUUGAGGUUACAUGUUAUCUCGGUCAGUCUCCUCUAGGACCAACUAAGAGUAGACCGGUUAACUCAGUGCAAUUUGCAGACUCACGGAAAUAAAUUUCAAAAUGUCCUAGAUUGGCUUGAGCACCGGACUAAUAAAUGUAAGGUACUGCACCUAGGGAAAAAUAAA